AUGGCGACGAUGCUGAUGCCAACAAUGGAGGCAACAACAACAACAACGCCAACAAUGGAGGUAACAAUGGAAACAAUAACAAUAACAACAAUGCGAACAACGGCGGCAACAACAACGCCAAUAACGGAAACAACAACGCUGACAAUGGCGACGAUCAAGCCACCGAUGAAGCUGCCGCCGCUGACAACGAGGGUCUGGCUUGCACCGACGGAGCUGGAGCCGGCACCUGUGAAGCUGACGGACAAUGCACCGUCAACGGCACCACUGCCAUCAUCGAGGGACAGUGCGGUCAGUAAGCUAGCAUCGACAUUGCUUCCCGCUAGGUGGGAUGUUGAAAUCCCAAGAAAAUGGGCCCCCAAGGAAAAGAAUUCCCACUUUGAGAGGAUUCUCUCAGUGUUGCAUGUUGUUUUGUUUUCCACCUAA